CUCUCUGAUAAAGUGAGGAAAAAGGUUCAAGCUGCCUUCCCAGUUUUUGAGGUUGAGGGCGGAGGGAGAGUUCAUGCCCCCGUCGAGUACACCCAAAUUAAGGAUCUAGCAGAGGCGGUUAGAAAAUAUGGUGUAAAUGCCAAUUUUACUCUAGUAAUGCUAGAAAGGUUUGCUGGUGUGGCUAUGACACCCGCUGACUGGCAAAUGUUGGCUAAGGCAGCGCUCCCUACCAUGGGUCAAUACAUGGAAUGGAAGGCGCUAUGGCAUGAGGCUGCACAAGCUCAAGCCAGGGCAAACGCUGCUGCACUGACCCCCGAGCAGCGAGAUUGGACCUUUGAUAUGUUAACAGGCCAGGGCCCAUUUGCCGCUGAUCAGACGGCUUUCCCAUGGGGUGCUUAUGUUCAAGUUUCUAGCACUGCCAUUAAGGCUUGGAAGGCACUCCCCCAAAAAGGGGAAGCUUCUGGACAACUUACUAAGAUCAUUCAGGGACCUCAGGAACCAUUCUCAGAUUUUGUGGCUCGAAUGACAGAAGCAGCGGGGCGCAUCUUUGGGGACCCUGAUCAGGCUGCGCCUCUUGUUGAACAACUGAUUUUUGAGCAGGCGACCCAGGAAUGCCGCGCGGCCAUAGCGCCC